AUGAACGAAAAUAUAAGCAAAGUAAAUAGCACCGUGGUAGAGCUACUGGGAAUGUCUGAUUUGUUCAAGCGAAUGCAAAACACCUGUUGGGGAAAAUGCAUACCCGAUGUAAACGAUUCGUUCCUUUCGGUGGGAGAAACCAGUUGUGUUGACAGAUGUGUCCAUAAAUAUAUGGAAAUACAUACACUGGUGGGGAAGAAUCUGCAGGAGUCUCAGCUUUCC